AGCCAAACCAGCUAGGGCAGGAGCAGGAUUUUUAUAGUCCACAGAUGAGAGAAGAACAGCAUAGUUGUCAAGAGGCACAAAAUGCCUUGGCAAAAGAAGAUUCUAGAAGCCAUGUGUAAGAAGGUGACAUACUAGUACUGAAAAAGGCAGAACGGUCCUCCACGUGUGCCAGCCAAUCAGCGGGACCCCCGCCUCCCCCGGCCUGCCACUGCCACUCCAGGGCAAGGUUGUAGCAUCUGUGUCGGAAAUCACGGGACGUCUUCCUGCUGGCUCAGCUGGGAGGCCCAGGAGUAUUUUGCAAAAGCUGUUUAUCUGAAUUCUGAAAGGACAGUGAAGGCUGCCACUCUCUGAAGCUCUCUGCCCCAAGUCACAACUAGGCUUCCAGAUGAAUCCCAAGUCAGAGCAGGCCCUCUGCCACGUGGCCGUGGCCAGCUGCCUCUGCGUGGCCACCGUCUACAUGGGCGUUUUUGAAAGCGUCUUUGUGGAAGUGGGCUAUGAGCACUAUGCAGAAGCCCCGGUAGCCGGCCUCCCCGCCUUCCUAGCCAUGCCCUUCAACUCGCUCAUUAACGUGGCCUACGUGCUCCUGGGAGUGCACUGGCUACGGAGAAAUGUCAGUGCCCUGGGGCACCCCAGUGAGGUGCAGCGGGCUCGUUACCUGAAGGAUGUCUUCGCGGGCAUGGCUAUGAUCUACGGCCCCGUGCAGUGGCUGCGGAUUGGGCUGCAGACGCACCCGGCUGCUGUGCUGGACCAGUGGUUCACCUUGCCCAUCUUUGCAUGGCCUGUGGCGUGGUGCCUCUACCUAGACAGGGGCUGGGAGCCCGGCCUGCUCCUCGCCAUCGAGUGCCUCUCGCUGUCCAGUUAUGGCCUUGCCCUGCUGCAUCCCCGUGGGUUUGAGGUCGCCCUGGGUGUGCACAUUGCUGCCGCCAUGAGCCAGGCCCUGCGUGUCCACAGGCGCCACGGCAGCAGGUGCUCAGGGGUGUACUUGGUUCUGGGAGUGCUCUCCUGCCUGGGCUUUGUGGUCCUCAAGCUGUGUGACCAUCAGCUGGCCCGGUGGCAUCUCUUCCAGCGGCUCACAGGCCAUUUCUGGUCCAAAGUCUGUGAUGUGCUUCAGUUCCACUUUGCAUUCUUAUUUCUGACCAAUUUAAACACUUGCCAGCAACUCCCUCCUGAGGGGAAGAUGCAGUAAAGUGUGGAAAGAGGCUACGGACAGCCGCUGGCCCCAAUGUCAGAAUGGAUGAUCAGAUGACAUUUUGUCCUCAGUAUUAAAUUUCCUGGGCGUGAUAAGAUAUGAUUAUUACAUGGGAGAAUGUCCUUUCCUUCGAAGUUAUGGGCUUCAAUAUUUAGGCGUGAAAUGUUAUUCCCUAUUGCACUAUCCUUGUAACUGCUCUGUAAUUUGAAAUUGUUCAAAAUAAAAUGUUGGGCACCCAGCCAGUGUGGC